AUGCUGUGUGAGUCAGAUGCACGCAUGGCACUUGCAGAACCGGUCCCCGUGGCUUAUUUGAAUUCGGAUCCUCAAGGGAACUGUGAGGUGUCGCUGGAUGAUGUGCGGCUCGACUCUUCAGCUAGAACUGGUGAGGUCCCCAGCACUGAGGCAGCUGAAGAUGCUAAGAAGGAGGGAUGUCAGACAGACACGCUUGGUUUCCAAGCCUCUUCACCUCCUCCCUCCAGCGUGUGGACAACGCGACGAGAUGGAGAGGUCAGGCUGAGGAUGGAUGAGCAGGGCAUAGGCAGUGAGGCACCAAAGACUGUUCACGAGCUGUUCCAGGAAGCAGCUCGUAAAUACGGUGACUAUUACGCCCUUGCAUCCAAGAAGGGAGGCGAGUGGAUCAAACUAACGUAUAAGAUGUACUAUGAUGAGUGCUGGAAAGCAGCAAAAAGCUUUCUGAAGCUGGGACUAGAGCGUUUCCAUGGAGUGUGCAUCUUGGGAUUUAAUUCUGCGGAGUGGUUUAUUGCUGACAUUGGAGCUAUCCUUGCAGGUGGAUUUGCUGUUGGUAUCUACACUACAAACUCUCCUGAGGCCUGCCAUUAUGUAGCAGAGAACUCUAGUGCUAACGUUCUGGUUGUGGAAAACCAUAAACAGCUGCAGAAAAUCUUAGAAAUUCAGCAUAAACUACCUCAUCUGAAAGCUGUUGUCCAGUACGGGGAAGAGCUAAAAGAGAAGAGGCCAAAUCUGUACUCUUGGAGUGAGUUCAUGGACCUUGGCAAAGAUGUUCCAGAUACUCAGCUCCGUGAAGUCAUUGAGUCGCAGAAGCCCAACCAGUGCUGUACACUGAUCUAUACCUCGGGGACAACCGGACAGCCCAAGGGAGUGAUGCUCAGUCAUGACAACCUGACAUGGACGGCGGCGGCGGCCGGGCGGUUCACGAGGCUGGCGGACGCUAAAGAAAAGCAGGAGCUCGUGGUCAGCUACCUGCCCCUCAGCCACAUCGCUGCACAGAUGUCAGAUAUUUGGUUGGCAAUGACGUUCGGUGUGCAAGUUUUCUUUGCUCAACCAGAUGCAUUAAAGGGCUCCUUGGUGGACACCCUGCGGGAAGUGAGGCCAACUGCUUUUUUGGGAGUUCCGCGUGUCUGGGAAAAAAUGGAAGAGAAAAUGAAAUCCGUAGGUGCAAAAUCAUCAACACUCAGAAGAAAAGUGGCAUCGUGGGCCAAGGGAGUCGGGCUGCAGACAAACCUGAAGCGGAUGAACGGGUAUUCCGAAGUGCCGGUGAACUUCCGCUUAGCCAGGCACCUGGUGUACAAGAAAGUGCGAAAGGCCAUUGGGCUGGACCGGUGCACAAAGUGCUACACAGGGGCUGCUCCCAUUACCAGAGAGACGCUGGAAUUUUUCUUAAGUCUGAACAUUCCUGUGUUGGAGCUGUACGGCAUGAGCGAGAGCUCCGGGCCCCACACCAUGUCUCUACCUCACGCGUUCAAGCUUACCAGCUGUGGAAAGGAGGUCACAGGCUGCCGGACGCUGAUUCAUAAGCCCGAUGCAGAUGGCAACGGGGAGAUCUGCUUCUCGGGGAGGCACAUCUUCAUGGGCUAUUUGAACAUGGAAGAAAAAACCAAAGAGGCGAUUGAUGAAGACGGCUGGCUGCACUCAGGUGACCUCGGCAAACAUGAUAAAGAUGGAUUCCUCUACAUCACUGGCAGAAUUAAAGAGCUCAUCAUCACCGCGGGAGGCGAGAACGUUCCUCCCGUUCCAAUCGAAGAUGCUGUGAAAGAUGCUGUUCCCAUCAUCAGCAAUGCCAUGUUGGUUGGAGACAAAGCAAAAUUCCUUGCUAUGCUUCUAACGCUGAAGUGCAACGUCGAUGUAGAAACGGGUGAGCCAGGAGAUGACCUCACUCCUGAGGCUGUCGAGUACUGUCAGAAGCUGGGCAGCAAGGCUACGACAGUCUCCGAAAUCAUCAGCAGCAGAGACAGGGCUGUCUACGCGGCUAUCCAGAAGGGAAUUUCGGCAGUCAACGAGGGAGCGGUCUCAAACGCUCAGAAAGUCCAGAAGUGGGUCCUUCUGGAGAAGGACUUUUCUCUUGCUGGUGGAGAGCUCGGCCCAACAAUGAAGCUGAAGAGACCAGCGGUGGCCCAGAAGUACAAAGACCAAAUCGCCCAGUUUUACGCGGACGCGGACACGCCGACCACAGCAGAGAGCCCGCUGCAGCCGUAG